UAUCCAAACACACGUGGACAGGGUCACUCAGUGCACCUGGUUGGAUAUUGAAAGUGGGUACAACGUGCGUAACGUUAAACGCGUAAGCAAACAAGUGCAUCUAUUUAUGUGUAUCUCACUUCCACUUAGAAUCCAGUAAAGUUAAUUACACAGCACCUGUAAUUCAUGAAAAGCCGAAAGCCUCCCACCAAACUAAACCCCAUUUAUUAAAUAAUUAACACCUUCCUCGCCUUCCUUCUACCUUUCUAGCUUCCACUCCCCACCUGUCACCCAUAUAUAUAGAAUCAAACCAAACCAAGAGUCACACAACUCACAACCUCCUCGAUCAUCAUCUUUGUCAAUUUUGUCUGCAGGUCUAGAAAGCCUUUUGAUUUCGCGAUCAAUCCGAAAGGAGAGUGCGAAGAAUCGAACAAAACAAAAAAAAAACAAACGCUCCGAGUCAAGAAAAAUGCAAAACGAAGAUUACUUCGACCAGGGUUUGGUCUGUCCCAGCUUCAACAGCUACGCCUCGGCCACCACAGCCGACACCGCCGCCAAGGUUUGCCGGGAAUUCAGCAGCCUCGGAUUAGUGGAUGAGAACAAAGAGUUCGAGUAUGAAGGAGGAGAGAAACAAGACGAUGACUUCGAGUUCGUGUCGUUUCAGAAAUCUGCCGACGAGGUUUUCUUCGGCGACAACACUCGGAUCGGUCCGGUUUUCCCCGUCUUCAACCGCGACCUUAUAAGUCAACGGGAUCUAAACGACACCGACGACGUCGACGCCGUGCCGUCGUCGUCCUCAGCGUCAUCAGACGUGGACGAGCUGGAGAACGUUCCGGCGGGUAGCUACUGCGUUUGGAUGCCGAAAACGACGCCGGCCUCGUCUCCUUCCCAUUGCAAGAAGAGCAAGUCGACCGGAACGUCGUCGUCUCGGCGGUGGAGGCUGAGGGACUUGCUGCGGCGGAGCAACAGCGAAGGCGGGAAGGACGCCUUCGUGCUGCUGACGCCUUCCCUGACGUCAUCGUCGAGCUCCAAGAAGCUGGUGGCUGCUAACGAUCAUCAUCAUCAUCAUCCUAAUGAGAAAAUGGUGGUGACGAAGGGGAAGAAGAGCUUUAAUGGGUCGAGGCCGAAAGGCCCGAACGCGGUGUCGAUGGCGCACGAGCUGUUCUACGCGAAGAGUAAAGAGAAAGAUGGGUAUAAUAAGAGACAGUCGUAUCUUCCUUACAGGAAAGACCUGGUGGGGUUCUUUGCUAGUGUGAACGCCAUGGGAAGGACUUUCCCUACUUUUUAAUAAUUAGAUUCCAAUAGUAAGUUCAUCAGGUUCCCUGAUGAUCAUAGUUUUGUCCUUGUUAUAGAGCUUGACUAUCAUAUUUUUUGGUUUUUAUAGAAAAAGCAACAUGUACAUAUUUAUUUUGUUUUGUUCUAGUUCAAUAUAUAUAUUCAAGCACAUGGAUCUGAAAGCAAAUCCGAGUUGAAGUGGUUUGAGAUGCUUA